AUGCCGUUGACCCCCGGUGACAGCGAUAACGAAGAACCUAGUGAACCAGGCCAAAUGGCCGGCCGCAAACGCAGUGCAAGCGAGAUGGAAGAUGACGCAUCGAGAAGCAAGAUCACGGACAUGGGCUUUGACACUGAUACUGAUGCCGAAACGAGCGGAGCUGCGGGCGCAAAUGGCACAAGCGCCGCCAACGGUACAGAUGGUGCCGACGGUUCAGAGACGAUCGAGGCAGAGCUCGGCGACGAAUUUACGGUCGAAUGCCCUGCCCGUCCAAAACGUGGGAAAGCGGCAGCUACGGACAGCGUGUAUGUGGAGCGCGACAGCCCCUCACUGGCGCCUCAUCUCAGCAUCGAGUUUGCCGUCAGGCCAGGCCAGAAAUGGGCGGGGUUGAGCAGAUUCAGGAAUGCUAAAUUCAAAAACCCCAUGACCGUGAUCUACUCUGCUGGCCAGGUGGUAUAUAUCAAUCGCCACAGCCCGAUUCCACCGCCACCCCCGGCCGAUGCGUCCGAUGACGAGAAAUUGCAAUAUGACAAGGAGAACUUCUGGGUGGGUUUAAUAGCCGAGUUCCGCGCCGAGAGCCACGCGAAGGUAUUUGCCAGAGUGUUUUGGUUCUACUGGCCGGAAGAGCUGCCUAUGGGUCGACAGCCGUAUCACGGCAAACAUGAAUUGAUCUUGAGCAACUAUACCGACAUCAUUGAGGCGCAUUCGAUUGCUUCUCACGCAGAAAUGAGUACGUGGGAUGAGAACGAUGAUUCCAACCAACUGAUGCUUCUGGAGCGAUACUGGCGGCAAACUCUGGACGUUACGAAGUUGAGGCCCAAUCCAGCAAAGGCUGCCAAUGCGUUGAGCAAACUACGGAAAUAUUGUAUAUGUGGAGGGUAUGACAACCCUAACGUGGAUAUGUAUCAGUGCCGUACGGUCGGCUGCGGAAUGUGGAACCAUGAGGAGUGCCUGGUUAAGGACUUGGAAGAGCGGGCAUGGGAGCAGUUGAAACAGGGGUCUCUGACACACGAGGUCCAAGACAAGCAACAUGAAAAAGGAUUUACUCAGAAGAUGGGGGAGACGUUGGGGCAUAUUGUCAACCUGGGCCUUGGAAGAGGGGAAGUCAAGGACGAGGCCCGUUCGGAUGCGAUCCCGGUCAGCAGAGGUGCGAAGAAGUUGAAACUGGCCACGGGCGGGAAGACUCCAUGGUCAGGCAAGUUGCAGGGCAAGAUCGUCAAGGCCCAGGACGACACCCAUGCGGCCAUCGUCACUCAACUGGUUCCCAAUGCGAACAGCAAGGCCGCGCGGCAGUUCGAGCCAAAGGUGUGGCACAUGAAGAUGAGCUGCCUUAAGUGCAGGCAGCCGUUGAAUUGA